ACUCUGGGCAGAAGAUGUUGUGAGAAAGCUUCCAGUGCUGGGACACUGAUUUAAAUCUGUGCAGAAGGGAAAGUGAUGCUGGUUACUAACCUGUCUGGUUUAGGCACAGCCAUCACGUAUCUGCUUAGAGGUCUCUUCCCCCAGAUGGUGGGCUAUUAAGAAAAAGGCUGUAAUGGGAUGAAUUCACAGGAAUUCCGCUGGUUUUUACAGAGGUAAAACUGUUGGAUGGACAAGUGAUAGUUGUUCAGUUAAAUAAAGUCUCCUAAGGAUAACAACAUUCUCCAACCUCCAAAGAUGGCAGCUGUUGAAGUGCUGGAGGAGGUACUGGUUUCCGUUGAAAAUGAGCUGCAAGCAGUGGAGAUGCAAAUUCAGGAGCUUGUAGAUAAACAGCAAGAACUCAUCGAAAAGAAGAUGAGAAUAAAGAGUCUGAUAAAGCAGUCCUCAGGAGACUCGGAGGCAGGUGGAAGUAAAGACACUGAAACCUCAGCCGAGGCAUGGAACAAAAAAGAUUUUCCAUGGUAUGAGAAGCUAAACACAGCAUUGCAGGGCAAAUUUAAACUCCAGAAGUUUAGGUCCUUGCAACUUGAAACAGUAAACGCUUCAAUGGCAGGAAAGGAUAUAUUUCUUGUCAUGCCUACAGGUGGUGGAAAGAGCCUUUGUUAUCAGUUACCAGCUGUCUGUUCUGAAGGUUUCACACUUGUGAUAUGUCCUUUGAUAUCACUUAUGGAAGAUCAGCUCAUGGUUUUGGAACAGCUUGGUAUUUCUGCAACUUUAUUAAAUGCCUCAAGCAGUAAGGAACAUGUGAAGUGGGUUCAUACCGAAAUGCUAAACAGAAAUUCCCAACUGAAGCUCAUUUAUGUGACCCCGGAGAAGAUUGCGAAAAGCAAAAUGUUCAUGUCAAAGCUAGAGAAGGCUUAUCAAGCAGGGUGCCUUGCUCGCAUUGCUGUAGAUGAGGUCCACUGCUGUAGUCAAUGGGGCCACGACUUCAGGCCUGACUACAAGUCUCUUGGUAUCUUGAAAAGACAGUUUCCAAAUACUCCCUUGAUUGGAUUGACAGCAACUGCUACAAAUCAUGUUUUAAAAGAUGCUCAGAAAAUUUUGCAUGUUCAAAAGUGCAUUACCUUUACUGCUUCUUUCAACCGGCCCAAUCUUUACUAUGAGGUUCGGCAUAAGCCUUCAAAUAAUGAAGAUUUCAUUGAGGACAUUGUUAAGAUGAUUAAUGGAAGAUACAAAGGACUUUCAGGAAUUGUUUACUGUUUUUCUCAGAAGGAUUCUGAGCAAGUUACUAUGAGUUUGCAGAAACUGGGAAUCAAGGCAGGGACUUACCAUGCAAACAUGGAUGCUAAAUGUAAGAGCAAAGUUCAUAAAGGAUGGGCAGCAAAUCAGAUCCAGGUUGUAGUAGCAACUGUUGCUUUUGGCAUGGGAAUUGAUAAACCUGAUGUGAGGUUUGUAAUUCAUCAUUCUAUGAGCAAAUCCAUGGAGAACUACUACCAAGAAAGUGGACGUGCAGGUAGAGAUGACCAAAAAGCUGACUGCAUUUUAUAUUAUGGUUUUGGAGAUAUAUUCAGAAUCAGCUCAAUGGUAGUGAUGGAAAAUGUAGGGCAAGAGAAGCUGUAUAAUAUGGUGUCCUACUGCCAGAAUCUGAAGAAAUGUCGCCGAGUCCUCAUAGCCCAUCAUUUUGAUGAAGUAUGGGAUUCUGCAAACUGCAACAAAAUGUGUGAUAACUGCUGUAGGGAGAGCCCAUGUGAGAAAAUGGAUAUAACAGGAUACUGCAGGGAUCUAAUCAAGAUACUUGAGCAGGCUGAACACAUGAGUGAGAAGCUAACCCCAUUGAAAUUAAUCGAUGCGUGGUCCGGGAAAGGUGUAGCAAAACUGAGGGUGCCUGAAGUUCCUCCACCCAAGCACCCUCGAGAGGAGCUGGAGAGAAUUAUUGCCCAUUUACUGCUGCAUCAGUAUCUGAAGGAAGACUUCAGCUUCACAGCAUUUGCGACAAUAUCCUACCUGAAGAUAGGACCAAAGGCAGGCCUGCUGAAAAACGAGGCACAUGUCAUAACUAUAGAAGGGAUAACAAACAAGAAAAGUGUUUACAGGGCCAAACCAACUCAAUCUUCGAAUUCGAAAGGAAGCAGAGAAACUGCUCGGACUGUUUCAAAGACUGUCCAAGAUUCAGUGGUGAAGUCGUCACAGGAACAUAAACGGCCUAACUCUGGUUCUGACUUAAAAGCAAAGAGGCUUAAGCUUCAGGCAGGUGGAGAUGAUCAACCAGUAGUUAUUGACUGAGUUUCACAGGCUGUGUUUAGGAUUUAAUCAUGUUUGUUUCUCCAUGGACAAUGCAGUGUGUAAGUUCAGUUUGUUUUAGCGAUUUUAUUUUUUUCCUUUUUUUUAAAUAAAAAACAAAACAGGGAAACAAGUAUCUUUAAACCCCUCAAAUCUAGAGAAAGUCUAGUAGUCAAGGGAAAAGUGCUACAUAGCAAAAUCAUUGGUGCAUAUCUUACGAUAAUUACUGUAUAAUUAUGUAAAUAAUUACCA